CAACGCAAGUCGCCCACACCGCAACGCUUCGAACCGCCACCAAUGGGAUUCCGACCAGAAAUCAAAAUUCCGCCAAAUCCAAUGGCGGCCUUGCGCAAAGUACCACCGCCGGUGGAGAAGAAUACCUUCUGGAAGGAUGAAUAUGUGCGCGAACGCUCCAAGAGUCCCAUGGUGGGUGAAAAUGACAGAGCUAGCUCACCGAAUAACGGCGGUUAUGGUGAGCGUGCUCAAGUUAGUUUGAACAACAACAACAGCAACAACGAUGUCAACGAACAUGUCGAUGGUUACAAGAAACCAGUAACGACUACCCAACAACCUGAACUGAACUACAGCAACAACUCCACUCAACCACAGCAGUACACACCAACUCCGCCCACUUACUCCCCACAAUCGUAUCAACCACUGCAACAGCAGCAGCCUCAAUACGCCAACAAUGCAACACCACCAUUGUCGGCCUCAACUCCACCACAACAACAGCAACAACAAUCGCCAAGAAAUGAGUUCCGCAGUGUCGCCCCACCGCAAUCGCCUAUCACAAAUGUCUACACACGGCAAACGGAUAGCCCACGCGCUGAUGCCGGCACUCCAACACAGCGCGCCACUGAAAGUCCCUUCAGAUAUGGUGGUCAGCAGCAGCAGCAGCAGCAGCCACAACAACGUGCUGCACCAGCUGUAUCACCAUUGGCUCAACAGCCACAACAACAAUCGCCAAAGCCGUACGCGCCGUCACCAACAGCAAUACAAUCAACAUCAACCAACAAUUCUCCCAACUCACAGCCAUCAGCACAAACUGUGCCUUGGCGCAAUCAACGUACUCCGACGCAACAACAACAACAACAGCAGCAGCAGCCGCAAUCGACAGCAAUAUAUAACAAUGUGUCGCCACAGCAGCAGCAGCAACAACUCACUCAACAAGCUCCAGCAGCAUAUCAGGGUCCAAAGCCG